AUGUGUUCAAUGAAAAGUGAAAGAAUUAGUUCAUCUGCGAGCGUUCCAAUGAUAGUUUUGCAAAAAGACAAUGCAGUUUUGAAAGUCGAAAAAACUUAUUAUUUAGUUGGUAAAAAGCUUCGGGCAAAAUGUAUAUCACCAACUACUUUGUUUCCAAUUAAUAUUACUUGGUUUGUAAACGACCAGGAGAUAUCUAAUAACAAACCAUUAACACUUCGUGUUCCUAAUGAGUUUAAGACAUAUUCGUCUUUAGAAUAUGACGUUUUAUCUACUAAUCAGUUGAAAAUACGUUGUGUAUUCAGUUAUUUUAAUAAAAUCCAUUCUGAUGUGGAAGUAGUUGUCAACAAAAAUAUUUAUGAUAUGAUGUCAUCUGUUAAUGAAGAAUUAUCUGAAGUAAAAUCAAUUUGUUCAGAAAUUAAUUCUUGAUCAACAAAAACUUGAAGAGAAAGUAUUAAAUAUUCACUCAUUUAUUUACACUAAAUUACAAUAAUAGUUUAAAAUAAUUACACGUUUAUAAAAUAAAAAAU